GUCAACAAACCCUAUCCCAUCACAUCUACUGUGCAGAUCGUCCGUGACACUGUAAAACCCCAACUUCUUUAUAACUAUUACGGUCACUCGAAGGACUUGAGGCUAAAAUCACUUGACGCGUUUCUCAUCCUUCGACCACAAUAGGACAAACAUGGCGUCUACAUCAGAGGAUCAAAAGCAGCUAUCCGCCGAGUCCAAGCAGAAGGAGUCCACAUCGGACACGACCAAGCAAGGGACAGAGCAAAGUGAAAGCACGGAAGCCCCCCCUGUCAAGCGAGGACGAGGCCGACCUCGAAAGCCUGAGCAUCUGCGGAAGACAAAGCCUUAUGCGCCCACUGGUCGACCACGUGGCCGCCCAAGACUGCCGGAAUCUAUGAAGAAAACAAAGACCAAGUCAUCUAGCGGAGCAGGUCGCGGUCGUCCCCUGGGUUCCACCAGUACCAAGGAGAAGAAAGUGAAGGCGACGACCACAACCGGUCGUGGUCGCGGACGCCCUCCAAAGCAGGCGGCCUUAGAAACCCCCAACUAAUUCAACCUUUGUGCUCGGACGGAGAAGGGCUGAGGCUCUCCAACAGUAUGACGAGCUAGAUCAGCAACGGAUUGGGAAUUCCAGUCGACCAUCAGGCCGAGGGUUCCGGGGAUGUAUACCAUCAUGGGUAUCAACAGGGCGUUGGAGGCUUUACUGAACAUGUCAACUGUAUGGACUGCAUCAAUGAUCUUUAUUUCCAUGUCGGAUGGAUCGCUUCUACUAGCCUGUUAGUCACGUGUCGUUAAUGGAAUACACUUAACCAUGCUGCCAUCUCAAAUCUGCGGGAGCAUCAUCCUGCAUCAUUCCGCAUCUGUUCUAUGAGCUACGAAUCGCACGGUGGAACUGCCUGGCCCACGAUU